CAGCUACUGUACACACACACACACACACACACUCCCCCAUCUCUUGCAGUGUUGGAGACGAAGCUGCUGCAGUGACUCUCUGCAUCAUCAGAAACAAACCGGACUGACAGGGAGCUGAAAUCAUCUCUCCAACCUCUCGAAAAACAUCCAGCCGCAUCUUUUUUCCACCAUCUUUUAUUCCAUUUAUUUUAUUUUUCAGUCCUGCUGCCUUAAACUGGACCUCUGGAUCUCCUGCAGAGACACAAUGAGCCUCACCCUGCUGCUUGCUGUGGAUUAAAACCAGGAGCUCCCAUGUCUCUGAAGAUGCUGCAGACUGCUGAGGGUCAGCGCCGAUCUGAGUUUCAGGAAAACUGGGUUUUAACUUUUCCUGAAUUCCUUCCCUCUGCCGGAUGAAGCUGCUGAGAACCUAUUGUCUCAAACAUCUUCAUCAUCAUCAUAUCUGCUCCUACAAGAUGCUGUUUCUGAGCCUUCAAGCAGUCCGGUCGGAUCAGUUCCACUAAUAUCCUGUUAAUCCCUGCAGGUUUUUGGAUGAGUAAACAUGCAGCGAUGCUGCAGUGGUGUCCUGAGUCCUCUGGGGAAGUUACAGUCCCAGUAAUCAGUCAAGUCCCGGCAGCUCAUUACCAUCCUCCGAGUGCUGCAACAAGGCUUUAUCUCAGCCUGCUGUUUAGGAUGCAGCUCGGAUCGAUGAGUCCGUCCAUUGAUCUGUGGCCUUUAUGAAACUGCUGCUGAUCGAACGCUUCACACAGGAACUCGUUAAGGGGCAACAAACGAGAUGCAGUCAGGAUAAGAAACAUUUUUUAAAGUUACCACAUUAAAAAAUCUAAUUUCUUCUAAGAUUUGUGGAAAAAAAACCUCUUUCAACUUGGAGCUGCUGUCAUCACAUUUAUGAUAAAAUACUUUGAAAUGUGAAUCCACUUUUCUUUGCGACACCUGAGGCAACAAAGACAGGAAGUGGGGUGGAGAAAGGGGGAAGACCUGCACCACUGGUCUCCUGGGUUGGGACUCGAAUCCUGGACAGCUGGAUCGAGGACUCCGUAAAUACAAGCCCUACACCACGCCUGUCUGUGAAUCUACUUUUCUCAAAACCAGGAAGGAUCUGUUUGCUUUUCUAGUUUCGGAGCAGAUGUUUGAGGAGAACGAGCCCUGCUUUCAGCUUUUCCUCACCUGACCGUUGUUUGACCAGUACAAUGGACCCCGCACCCAGUGGUGCUCCAGAAUCCAGCAACAUGGAGGAGCCCCAGCAGCCGGAGGAGCCAACUAGCACACUACCAGACAGAGAUGCUUCCUUGCCUGCUGCUACACCUCAACCAUCCAGUGAAGAGCACCAAACAGCGAUGUCAACAACAGACGCUCUGGAGAUCCGACAAAUAGAAAAGGAGACAUCAGUUGACCAUCUGACAGUGAUCAGUGAGAACGCGGAGACCAGUAACGGUGUUGCUCCUGUGAUGGGUGAAACAUCACCCACAGUGUCCUCUGUGUCGCCCAAGCUUUACGCUAAGCCAGGUGGCCAUCAUAAUGGCCGGCCUCACUUGGGCAGCCGGUCCGGCUCGUUGGCGGCGGGCUCACCGAGGCCCUCGCUUACCCGCCAGCCCAGUGCCAUCACAGAGGUCACUGGGGACGGAUCGAAACCAAGGGAUUACCUGAUCCUUGCCAUCCUGUCCUGCUUCUGCCCAUUGGUGCCCAUUAACAUCGUGGCCCUCUCGUUCUCCGUGAUGUCGCGGAACAGUCUGCAGCAGGGCAAUGUGGACGGAGCCCGCCGUUUGGGUCGGAACGCCUUGGUUCUGUCGGUCGUCUCCAUUUUAGGAGGGAUUGCUAUCAUCGCUGCAGCUAUCGCCUUCAACUGGGGACGGAUUUUAAAAUCCCGAUAAAACAAGUCUGCACGGAGAGUCCAUCUUCAGGACCACAUCCAGACCAACAUGGCACUGUUCAGUCCCGUCUCCGAGCACUAUCAUUCCCAUCCUCCUUCACCAGAUGGAAAAACAACCGUAUCUCUGUUUCAGUUUGUUGUUUUAUUUCUGCACAACGAUGAGCAUGAUCUGCCUGACGCUCUACCUCCAGCACAACCAGCCAACUCUGUCCCAACACGCAGUCAGAAACCAGCAGGACAGAAUGAUGGAUCACCAUUUCACUAUUUGGUAGCAGCUUAUCUUCUGCUCUCACUGAUUUUUCUCCCACCAUCAUGGAAUCGGACAUUCGUUUCUAUGGAAAAUGGAUUAUUCUGACGUCUCAUGUUGACGCAAACUGAUGGAUCUCAUGUUCUGUUGCCAAAAAAAGUCUAAGUUGAUGUAAAACUGGGAGAUGAUGCUGCUAUGAAACUUUGUACUGAAGAUGAUUUAAGACUUUUGCUGUGAGGGCAGGAAAGAAACAGACAACCUCAUAGACUGAUUUGCCACCAGGUCAUGGUUAGCUGAUUUCUCCACCUUUCUCUGAACCAGACAUCAGGUUUACUCCCCAUGUUUAGGAGGAACCGGCUCCAGUCGCUGUGACAAGAACCCACUCAUGUUUCGGUUCUGGACUUUCGUCAGGCAAUGUCUGACAGCCAGAGGCUAUCUUAAACUAAACAUACCGCUAAAUUUAAAAUCAUUGCUCAAACGUCUGAGAUAAUCCAUGCUUCCUGAUACUCCCAAUCCAUAAAGUCCCAGGACAACUGAAUUUAGUACAUUAAUGUACUGUCAAUGGAUAAGAGAUGGGGUGCACCUUGGACAGGUUGAGAUAAUGCUUCUGAUUUUAUGUUUAAAGAAGGUGUACUGUUGGGAAGUAGGUGCUAACAUCUCCAUGAUACGUCUUAUGGAAGCAAAAAGAAGACAUGCUUCAAAAUUUGAUAUAGAAUUUGAUAUCAGCCGAGGCCUAGACUGUAACCUUAAACCCGUACUCCUUUAUUAAACUAUCGGAUCAAGAAAGCAGGUUUAUCAUCAGUAAUCAGAGAAGUUGAGCUGGAGUAAGGCUGUAAGGUUUCAUACCAUAUAAGAAACAUCCAUCACUGAUUAGGCAACAGAUCACAGUUAAAGAUCUCCCUGAAGUGUCCUGAUAGCGAUGCUAAGAGAUGAAAUUGGGUGAAACACAAGAUGAUCUCAUUUCUGCACAGCAUGACAAGAAGAGCAGCUUUGAUUUCAUCAGACUUGACUUGAACUCAAAUAAAAAAGUGAAGUCACAGGCUGCAGAAAGUUGCACUGAAACGAAUAACCAGAUGGCUGUUCUGCCUGAUAAAGGUCUUCUACAGAAACAUCUCAAAUAUAUCUUCACUGGGUCUGAAGGAAACAGUGGUGUGCAGGUUCUCCUCCAGGUGAUGGUUCUGGUUAAAAAAGUUCACCUUUAACUGGUUGGAUGUUCAGGAAGUCUGACCUCAGACUCAGUUCUAGUUUACCCCAGACUGCUGAGCUGCAGUCGUAACUGAUCCCAGGUCAGGCCUUCACAUUCAGCCAUAUUUUAUGAUUCUGUCUGACCGCAGUGUUUCUGCUUACCGGAUGUUAAGUGAUGAGUCGGAUCGGAUUUUUCCCAGUCAUUCCCAGGACUGCUAUUCAUUUGGGAGGUUAGGUUACGUUUACUCCGCACAUCUCGCCUCUUUGGGCUUUUCUGAUUGUGAUCGGUGGGUCAGUGUUUCACUCCUGAUGGAGGGAGUCUGUUGUCUCUGUUCUCAGGCUUCUAAACCACAGUUCAGCUUCAUUUGACCCCAGAGUCUCUAACACCCGUUUGGUCUGAAUUUCAUGUUUCGGUUCAAGAAUGAAUGCUUUCCAGUUCUUACUGGAGCUGAACACAUUUCAGUGUCCUGGUGAGUCUGAACCCGACCCGUAGGCCAGAAACCUGCUGCUCAGACAGGUUGGAAGUGAUUCUUUCAUGGUUUUCAUUGAGUCCAAUUGCAUCCAAAUGUAUUUUAUUUAAGUAAAUAAAAUGUCAAACUUAUAGAUAAUCAGCACCAACUCCCCACCCCAACCUGACAACACAUUUAAUAUUUAUUCUAUAGUUUCCCAGUGUGAAAAAUAGACUAUUUCCAGAUAAGAUUUAGAUGUUUUCCCAUCCAAAGGAACAAUCUGGUUCAAUAAAUUAUAUUUUAAUAACUAACAUAUUAAAUGAGAGAGAUAAAUGCACAAAGAUACAAAAAUAAAUCAAAUAAUCCUGUCUGUGUUUAUUCAGGACAGAAACUUUAUUUUGCCACCAUGAACUUGUGGGAUGUUUUAAAGUUUCCUUCAGGAAGAAUUCGAGUUUAUCCUAAACUGCAUCUGCAUCAUUUCAAACCCAAAGGAAUUUUUAUUUAAAAAGAACAUUCAAAUGUUUCUUGUGCAUUCAUUAUGAUGGCCCUUUAUGGCCAUUUUAAUCAAUAACACUAGAAAGGUUUAUGAUAUUUUUGAGUCAAAUAAUUUCUACAAAAAUGAAACCAGUACAAACUUCAAACCAAGCCUGAACAGCUGCAGGUGGAUCUUGUAUUUUUACAGUAAUGGAGUCUCUGGACCCAAACCAGGAAGUUCAUAGACUGGAAGGAACUCAUAGCACUAUGUAGGUCUUCAGUCUCUGUUGAACACUGAGUUCUUUAACAUCUCACUUCAUUCAGAGGCUGCAGAACAACCAGUCGUCUGGGUCAUUUAGGACAAAUCCUCUGUUUAACUUUCAGCUGUUCUUUGUUUUGAAAGGCUUCCAGAGUGCAGAUUUAACUCCUACCUGGUUGGGCAGGUAGCUGUAAGAGUGUUUUACAACCCAGCAAUAAAUUAAAUGUUUGUGAUGAUGCUGCAGCCCUGCAGGGCUUCUGGUGCCAAUAAAACCUGUUUAUUCAGUGGUCCUGGAUAAGGAGCAUUAUCGUUAGAAACUGUGACUGGUUUCAUGUUGUUCACGGCAAAUUAUUCUUGCACAUAAUUGUUGACAUCUGUGCACCCAAAGAACUCUUUGUGGCUGAUUGUUUGGAAUAAACUCAGAUGAACUAAGCUGUAACAGAACCAGAAUGUCCUAUAACCUGUGCAUGUUUAUACUAUUUAUUACAGAAUGCUUUUACAUGCGACUGUACCUUCAUUCAGCAGCAGAGCUACCUGAGAAACGCUGUAAAUAGAUGACAAAUAUCCUCUUCUUCUCUGUGGUUUGCAUGUGGCAGGUGUUGGAAGCGAUGGUUGAGCUCAGGUUGUCCUGUUGGCUUCUCAGGUGAGGAAGGAGAAACCAAAUUUUCUACACAACAAUGUCUUUUUGUUGAGGCAGGGAGUCUGGGUUGGGUUCUUGUUACUUUGUUCCUUCUCCGCUCCUUGCUUUGCACAACAAAAACUUAUAGUUUUGGUCCCUUAGAAGCUAGACUUUUAUUGGCACAAAAAGGAGCCACUUCCUAUGAGUCUCUUUAUUCCAGAGUUCACCAGGAUCCCACAAUGGUUCUCUCCACACCCGCCAUGGUUUUCUUUCUAUCCACCAUAGGUCUCUAUAUGCAGAAAAGGUCUUAAUACCUGCUAUGGGUUCUAUUGUGCCCAGUAGGGGGCCCUUUAUACCCCCAUGGGUGUUUGUGCACACACAAGAGGUCCUUUUGUGCCUUCCCCUAGUCACCAUUGAUCUCUUCCUACUCACAGUAGGCCCAAAUCCUCCCCAUGGGUCCGUGUUAGCAGUGUGUUUGUAGCUGACAUGGGUCUCCUCAUAUUUUCAUGACAGGUCUUUAUACCCUCCAUGGGACUCUUUGCAUGAGUUUCAUGUGCUACCCAUGUAGAGUCCAAACUGACCCAUCUUUCUGCAUGGUGACUAUUUCUGAACUCUGUUAAAGCCUUUUAUUUUGAAUUAUGUGUGUUUGUGGUUGGUAGGAGAAGUCCCAGUAGGUUGAUGGGUCUGUUAUGGUGAUGUUUGGGUGGAACAUGGGAACAAAGUGGUGAAGGAACAAAGUAACCUGGACUAUCAGAACCUUCUGCUGGUUGGACCUGACGAUGAUCCCUGAGGUGAAAUCAGAAACGGAUCUUCACAUAUUGAUGCAUCCAGUCGCCUACACCUUGUUCACACCAUCGCUCGACCCUCUCCUGUUCUGAUUGUAGCAUGCCUCUUUACUAACCACAUUAUGCAAGUAAACUGUAGGAAUGUGCAGCUUGCCUCUGUGUGAAUGCUUUGUUCUCGCUGAUUGUUCUGUGGUUGUGUUCUUGGACAAGGUUUCUUCUGGACCACGCUUCGGCUACCUCUCAGUUUCCUCCGCUGCAUCUAUUUGAUGUUUCUUGAAAAUGACUGUUAAAACUCUUGCGCUUUUCUUUGCUUAUUCAGUGCAAACAUUGUGACUGGUACAUGAACACAUUCACAUCAGUAUCUGCAGUUAUUUCAUGUUCUUCUCUGGGUCAAUCGGCACAACGUGUAAAUAGAAAAACUGUUGGGGUUUAUAUUUGAACUGAAAGAAUUGGUUGUAUUUGAUCCGUUUUAUUGGGAAAUGAAAAGUCCGAAAGAAGGUUUUAGUGAA